CCUAACAACAUCACCAUAGCCCAAACCUGCAGACCUGCAGGAGAAACACGGAUUAUUGUGAUCAAUUCAACGUGUUUUCUGUGUAGAUAAUCCUAUAAUAAGUCUUUAAGAGGAGGCAUUUUCCAAUCAGGGUAACAAUGAGUCAACGACAGAUAAUUCAAGUUUUUGAGCAGUAUCAGAAAUCAAGGAUGCAGUUUGUGCAAGCUGUUGCUGAUCUGGCAGCCAGACCACAAAACAUAGACUUCCUUCAAAAUGCUGGUGUGAUGUCCAUGCUGCGUCCCCUCAUGUUGGACGUGGUCCCCGGCAUCCAGCAGACGGCAGCUAUGGCUCUGGGCCGCCUGGCAGACCACAGUGAUGACCUGGCCGAGGCCGUGGUGAGGGAAGACAUCCUGUCCCAGCUGGUCCAAUCGCUGGCCUCGCAGAAUAGGUUUUAUAAGAAGUCAGCAGCGUUUGUGCUGCGUGCAGUUGCUAAACACUCCCCGGAGCUGGCCCAGGCUGUGGUGACCAGUGGGGGAGUUGAUGCCCUGGUUCUCUGCCUGGAGGAGUUUGACCCCGGGGUGAAGGAGGCUGCAGCCUGGGCUUUAGGCUACAUCGCACGACACAAUGCAUUUUUGUCUCAGUCGGUUGUGGAUGCGGGUGCCAUCCCCCUGCUGGUGUUGUGUCUUCUGGAGCCUGAGUUGGCCCUCAAACGCAUCUCAGCUUCCACCCUCAGCGACAUCGCCAAGCACACACCAGAGCUGGCCCAGACUGUGGUGGACAAUGGUGCCAUCGCACAUCUGGCACAGAUGAUCCUCAACCCAGACGCCAAACUAAAGAGGCAGGUGUUCUCAGCCCUCAGUCAGAUCAGUAAACACUCCAUCUGCCUGGCAGAGAUGGUGAUAGAGGCUGAGAUCUUCCCUGCAGCAGUGACCUGCCUCAAAGAUCCAGAUGAGUAUGUCAGGAAGAACGUCGCCACUCUGAUGAGGGAGGUUGCGAAACACACACCGGAGCUGUCCCAGGUGAUUGUGAAUUGUGGUGGCAUGGCAGCUGUGAUCGACUAUCUGGGCGAUUGCCGUGGAAACCUGCGGUUGCCGGGGAUCAUGAUGCUGGGAUAUGUGGCAGCUCACAGCGAGAACCUCGCCAUGGCUGUCAUUCUCUCCAAGGGGGUGCCCCAGCUGGGCCUGUGUCUGUCUGAGGAGCAUGAACAUCAUAUCAAGGCAGCCACAGCCUGGUCCAUCGGUCAGAUAGGUUAUCACACCCCUGAGCACGCCAAGGCAGUGGCCAACACUAACCUCCUGACCAAACUGCUGGAACUCUACAUGGACGCCAGAAGCUCAGAGGACCUGCAGGCCAAAAGUAAGAAGGCCCUAAAGAGCAUUCUGCAGAAGUGCACCUACCUGCCAGGUCUGGAGCCCCUCCUCUACGAUGCUCCAAGCAACAUCCUUAAAUAUGUUGUCUUCCAGUUCAGCAAGGUGCUGCCUCAUGACAGUAAGGCUCGCCGUCUGUUUGUGACCAGCGGAGGGCUGAAGAAAGUGCAGGAGAUCGAGGCAGAGCCUGGCUCCCCUCUACAGGAGCACAUCAACACCAUCAACAGCUGUUUUCCUGAAGAGAUUGUCAGGUACUACUCACCUGGCUACUCAGAUGUCUUGCUGGAGCGGUUAGAGAACUACCAGCCAUCCUGACCUCCGUUCACACUACACAUCCUGUUGAAAUGUUAACAUGAACAUGUACGGUGUGUGUAUGCCUUUACAGUAAAAUUCAAGCAGUUUUAAAGAGUAGUUUUCCUUCUUUUAUAUCGUCUGGGUUAAGCUUUAAAUGCAUGUUGGCAGUAUAACUGCAGCUUGUAGGACGGAUAUGAGAGUAUAUGCUCAUAAUAUUGUCACUAUAUGUUGUGUAAGGUACUCUAAAGAUAGAAAUAAAUAAAGGACAUUUCAUGGA